AGAGAAAAAAUGGGGGUGCGUCUGUCUUCUCUCUCCCUCCCUCCUCCCCUCUCCUCUCCUCUCCUCUCUGUAAAAAAAUGUGGAAUUUGAGAUGGCAGGCGUGGUUUUUGAGGUCAAGUGUUUGAGAUCUUGGAGGGUGGAAAAACGACGCCGAAUCAUUACGCCAUGGACAAAGCAACUCGCACAGUGUUUUACGAGGCACGGCUUCACAUUACGAGGCCCUACACUCCCAAUUACCCUCCUCAACAGGCAAACAAUGGCAGCAGAGGGAGCUUUCGAUCACUGCUUUCCCUUCCAGGUGCGAACCAGCUCAGGGAUAAAUGGAGCGAGUACAAACAGCCACGAAAAUUGAGAAAGCUGGCAUCUUUGUUUAUCUCUCCGAGAGGCGAGCGUGUGGCUGUUGCUUCCGGAAAUCAGAUAACGAUUUUGCAGAAGGAGGACGAAUACUCAAAGCCGUGCGGCACUUUUACAAGUGGAAGCCUUACUUCGUUUACAAUAGGAACUUGGUCAGAAAGUCAUGAUGUUCUUGGAGUUGUUGAUGACACUGAUACACUACAUUUUAUCAAAGCAAACGGUGAUGAAAUAACAGGGAUUGCAAGGAGGGAUUUAAAAGUAUCUUUACCAGUAAUAAGCCUGAUUGUGCAAGACGAUUCUGACGUACAGAAAUCUUGUCUGUGUAGCUUUAUUGUGGUCACCUCUGAUGGUUCCCUUCACCAUAUUGAGAUCAGUCAGGAUCCAAUUUCCUCUAUAUAUUCUGCACGCACCUCACAUAAUGGGUUAACUGCAAAGGGGCAGCUCUCUUGCAAUGUUUUCUGCGUUGACUACCACCCAGAGCUUUCUUUGCUUGCUGGUGUCAUACUAACCUCAGGAUCUUGUUAUCUUUCUCUCUGGCGUAGAAGUAGGAUUGUUGAUUUGGAACAGCUUGUUACCAUUCAGUUUGAGGGUUUUUAUUCGAAACCAAAAGGAAUUCAGCUAGUAUAUCCAAAGGUGCUAAUCUCUCCACAGGCCAAAUUUGUUGGUACUUUAGAUGUCACAGGAUGUUUGCACGUAUUUAAGCUGGAUAAAGAAUGCUCUUCACUUUCCAAUUUUAUAUGCGGAGAGAGAUGCGGGUCAGAAGUGACCAAUAAUUUGUCAAGUGGAGAAGGGGAAUAUUUAAGUGACAUUGUGGAUUUUACUUGGUGGUCUGACCACAUCCUUACUUUUGCAAAAAGGUGUGGCGUUGUUACCAUGCUUGACAUCCUUAGUGGCUUGAAAAUUCAGGAAAAUGGAACUGUAUAUUCUAAGCCGGUUAUAGACAGAAUAAAUCUGUUUCAAGGAAACCUGUUUCUUUUGGAGACUCUGUCAUCUGAAGAGAGAUCUGACUCAAAGAAAACUAAUGCUUCACAUAGUAUGGAGCAUAUUGUGGUGGACAGCCUUGACCAAAUUUACAUUUCUUCAUUGAACUGGAGCCUUGUAUCAUUUUCUGAAAGAUCCAUCAGGGAGAUGUAUAAUAUUUUGAUUAGAAAUGAAAAGUAUCAGGCUGCCUUGGAUUUUGCUGAUUGUCAUGGGUUGGAUAAGGAUGAAGUUGUAAAGUCCCAGUGGUUGCAGUCAAGCCAAGGAACAAAGGAAAUAAGUACCUUUCUAUCAAAAAUUAAGGACAAAACUUUUUUACUCUCCGAAUGUGUUGACAAAGUUGGACCUACAGAAGAUGCUGUGAGGACCUUACUUGCAUAUGGGCUGAACCUAACUAACCAGUAUGGGUUUUCUGAAUCAGAAAAUGAUGAAUGUAGCCAAAUUUGGGAUUUCCGUAUGGCUAGACUUCAGUUAUUACAAUUCAGAGACCAGUUGGAGACCUUUCUUGGGAUAAACAUGGGCAGGUUUUCUGUGCAGGAAUAUAGCAAAUUUCGAGCCAUGCCUAUAAGUGAAGCUGCUGUUAUGCUCGCUGAAAGUGGGAAGAUUGGGGCCUUAAAUCUCCUGUUCAAGCGUCAUCCUUAUUCACUGGGUUCUUGCGUUUUGAAGAUUUUAGCUGCUAUCCCCGAAACAGUUCCUGUACAAACAUACGGGCAGCUUCUUCCAGGGAGGUCUCCCCCUACAAAUGUAGCUGUGAGGGAAGAAGAUUGGGUUGAAUGUGAGAAAACGAUAAGUUUUAAAAAGAGAUCACCCAAGGACCAUGAAAUUGGUAUCCAAAUCCAGACCGAACCUCUACUGAAGCAGUGCUUAGCAUCAGUUUGGCCAUCAACUAGUGAACUUUCAAUGUGGUACAAGAAGAGAGCUAGAGAUAUUGAUAGUUGUAGUGGACAGCUAGAUAAUUGCAUUUGCUUGCUUGAUUUUGCUAAUCGCAAAGGUCUACACGAGUUGCAGAGGUUUCAUGAGGAUGUCUCAUACUUGUACCAACUUAUUUAUUCUGAUGACAGUAGUCCGGAAAUAAAUUCCAGCUUGAGUCUUGUCAUGUGGGAAAAGUUCUCUGACUAUGAGAAGUUCAGAUUGAUGCUUAAAGGAGUUAAAAAAGAAAAUAUGAUUGGAAGACUACAUAAUAUGGCAAUUCCAUUUAUGAAAGAUAGGUCACAGGAUCAGGCGGCUGAUAACCAUCCUACAACAGAGCAUAACAAGGCUGAAUCAUUUCUGGUUAGAUGGCUGAAGGAAACUGCUUCCGAGAACAAAUUGGACAUCUGCUUGCAGGUAAUAGAGGAAGGGUGCAGCGAUUUUCAGAGUAACAGCCUAUUCAAGGAUGAGGUUGAAGCAAUAGACUCUGCUCUGCAGUGCAUUUAUUUGUGCACAUCUACUGAUAGGUGGAGUACAAUGGCAACCAUAUUAUCAAAGCUUCCACAAAUGCAAGGUAGUGAAAUAUAUAUUGAUGGACUUGAGAGAAGAUUGAAAUUGGCAGAAGGCCACAUUGAAGUAGGGAGGCUCCUUUCAUUUUAUCAGGUGCCAAAGCCCCUGAACUUUUUCCUAGAGUCUCAUGAAGAUGGAAAAGGUGUAAAGCAAAUUCUUCGUCUUACCCUUUCAAAAUUUAUACGUCGACAGCCUGGUCGAUCAGAUACUGAUUGGGCAAGCAUGUGGCGUGAUAUGCAAUGCAUUAGGGAAAAGGCAUUUCCUUUUCUGGACCUGGAGCAUAUGUUGAUGGAAUUUUGCCGAGGACUGCUGAAAGCGGGGGAGUUUUCUCUUGCGAGGAAUUAUCUGAAGGGUACAAGUUCAGUUGCUUUAGCAUCAGAGAAGGCUGAAAAUCUUGUCAUACAUUCUGCAAGGGAGUAUUUAUUUUCAGCUUCAAGUCUUUCUUCUCCUGAAAUCUGGAAGGCUAAGGAAUGCCUCAAUUUAUUUCCAAGCAGUGGAAAUGUCAGAAUAGAGUCUGAUAUUAUUGAGGCACUUACAGUUACACUUCCCAGCCUUGGAGUGACUCUCUUACCCAUGCAAUUCACGCAAAUAAAAGAUCCAAUGGAGGUAAUCAAAAUGGCAAUCACAUGCAAAAGUGGUGCAUUUUUACAUGGUGAUGAACUCAUUGAGAUUGCGAAACUUCUUGGAUUGAGCUCUCCAGACCACAUAUCUUCUGUUCAGGAAGCUAUUGCCAGAGAAGCUGCAGUUGCUGGUGAUCUCCAAUUGGCUCUGGACCUAUGUCUUGUUUUGGCUAAGAAAGGGCAUGGUCACAUUUGGGACUUAUGUGCUGCAAUAGCAAGGGGUCCUGCACUUGAAAACAUGGAUAUGAAUUCUCGAAAGCAGCUACUGUGUUUUGCUUUAAGCAAUUGCGAUGAGGAAUCCGUGAGUGAGUUGCUCCGUGCAUGGAAGGAUCUUGAUUUGCAAGGUCAAUGUGAGACAUUAAUGAUGUUGUCAGGGACAAAAUGUCCAGAUUUCUCAAUUCAAGGCUCCUCGGUUAUUACCGGUCCAGUCCAUGCUAUUCAAGAUAUAAUCAACCUAAAAGGUUGCUUAGAAAUGGUUGAGGGAGCUGGUUGCGACGAUCAAGAAGUCUAUCUUGAUAACAUAAAAACUGUACUUUCUGCUGUUGCUAAAAACUUGCCUGUUAAUGGAACGAACUGGGAAUCUGUUUUGAGAGAAAAUGGAAAUUUUUUGACAUUUUCUGCCCUGCAACUUCCAUGGCUGCUUGAGCUAAGUAGGAAUAGAGAACACAGUAAGAAGUCGAGUGGUAACUUGGUUCCUGGAAAGCAAUAUGUCAGUGUAAGAACACAGGCUCUAGUGACCAUUCUGUCCUGGUUGGCGAGAAAUGGUUUUGCUCCUACCGACAAUGUGGUUGCGUCUCUGGCAAAAUCAAUAAUUGAACCACCUGUUACUGAAGAGGAAGACAUAGUGGGUUGCUCCUUUCUGUUGAAUCUGUUGGAUGCUGUGAGUGGGGUUGAAGUGAUAGAGGAGCAGCUUAGAACAAGGAAGGAUUACCAAGAAGUUUCUAGCAUCAUGAAUGUGGGGAUGACAUAUAGCUUGUUGUAUAGUUCAGCAUUUGAGUGUGAAGAUCCUACGCAAAGAAGGGAGCUGCUACUAAGGAAGUUUAAAGAAAAACGCACAGGUGAAAUAGGCAAAUUUGACAAGGUGCAGUCUACCUUUUGGAGGGAAUGGAAAUUAAAAUUAGAAGACCAAAAGCGUGUUGCAGAUCGUUGUAGAGCAUUAGAGAAAAUAAUCCCUGGUGUUGACACAGUACGCUUUUUGUCUCAGGACUUUAAUUAUAUUAAGAGUGUUAUGCUUCCCUUGAUUGAUUCAGUCAAGUUAGAGAAGAAGCACAUUUUGAAGGAUGUUUUAACAUUAGCUGAUGAAUACAGCUUGAACCGUUCACAGGUCUUUUUGUGUUAUUUGAGUUCUGUCCUUGUUUCUGAGGUUUGGACCAAUGAUGAUAUAACUUGUGAAAUUUCGGAAUUUAAAGGUGAAAUAGUUGGCUAUGCUGUGGAAACCAUCAAAGCUGUUUCAUUUAUUGUAUACCCUGCAAUUGAUGGAUACCAUAAAGUGCGGCUUGCUUACGUCUUUGGUCUGCUUUCUGGCUGCUACUUGCAACUGGAAGAAAACAGAAAAAAAUUACCAAUUAUACACCCUGAUCAAGUGCAUUUAUCUGGUUUUGGAUUAUCUCGUUUUUACAAGUUAAUGGAACAAGAGUGCAGAAGAGUCUCCUUUAUUGCGAACCUUAACUUCAAAAAUAUUGCUGGAUUAGGUGGUUUGAACUUUAAGUGCGUAAGGCAUGAAGUGUACAUGCAUGUAUAUGAUAGUAGCUUGGAAGCCUUGGCAAAGAUGGUAGAGACACUUGCCAGUAUAUAUCCCAACCCAGUGUCGGAGGGUCUGAUAACAUGGCAGGAUAUCUACAAACAUUAUAUUUUGAGUUUGUUGGCAACUUUGGAAACCAAAGCUGGAACUGAUUCGGUCGCGAAAAGCACUGAAAACCUUCAAAUCUUAGUAUGUCAACUUGAGCAGAGCUAUGAAUGUUGCAGAAAGUAUAUGAGACCCUUGGCACAUUUAGAUUCUUUGAACAUUAUGAAGCGGUAUUUCACAAUAAUCAUACCGUUUUUGGGUUCUUAUGGGACUCUACCAGAUAACUCAGCAUGGCAAGAGUGUCUAAUAAUUGUCUUGAACUUUUGGAUAAGAUUGAUUGAGGAGAUGAAGGAAAUUGCAUCCCAUGAGGAUGUCGGAGAAAAUCUCAGGCUCAAUCUAGAUUGCUUAGCAUGUUGUCUAAAGGUUUUCAUGAGGCUGGUAAUAGAAGACACUGUCUCACCGAGUCAAGGCUGGGCUACAAUUGUCAGCUUUGUCAAUCAUGGUUUAAUUGGUGACUCUCCUUCUGAACCUUGUAUGUUCUGUAGAGCUGUGAUUUUUUCUGGUUGUGGGUUUGGAUCUGUGUCUGAAGUAUUUUCCCAAGCGGUAUUAGGGGGUCCAACGGGUUCCACUUUGGCCGGAGACACUGAAAUCCAGGAACUUCCCCUUCUCUACUUAUAUAUUUUGGACAGCAUUUUGCAGGAUGUGGUUACCCAUGGAUCCCAGGAAUAUGAGAAAUUAUAUCAGCUACUAUCCUCCUUGAGUAAAUUAGAAGAUGAUUUACAAGAUUUAGAUAGGGUGAGGCAUCUAGUUUGGAAAAGAAUGGCUAAGUUCUCUGAAAACCUGCAGCUGCCGGGUUCAGUUCGAGUUUAUACUUUAGAGCUUAUGCAAUACCUCACAGGUAAAAGUAUCAAGGGUUUGUCUGCUAGGAUUAUCCCAUGGGAAGGAUGGGACGCGGUGCACUUUGCAAGUCAAAAUAGUGAGACUGUUAAUCAGGGGUCGGCAGAUCAUAAUGAUACAUCUAACAGGUUUACAAGUACAUUAGUUGCCCUCAAAUCGACACAGCUUGUGGCAACCAUAUCACCCACCAUGGAAGUUACCCCUGAUGAUCUCUCAAAUCAAGAGACCGCUGUUUCUUGCUUUCUGAAGCUGUGUGAUGCUGCACAAACAUAUUCUCAUGUUGAUUCUUUGCUAGCCAUGUUAGGGGAGUGGGAAGGAUUUUUCUCGGUGAGGGAAGAUAAGAAAGCCUCUUUAGAAGCUCCUGAGGCUGGAAAUGAUUGGGAUGAUAAGUGGGACGAUUGCUGGGAGAGUUUUCAGGAGACAGAAUCUCCUGUGAAGGAGAAGGAAACAUCCUUUUCCGUUCACCCUUUGCAUGCAUGUUGGUUGGAGAUUUUCAAAAAACUUGCAACGCUCUCCCAAUUUAAAGAUGUUGUCAGACUAAUUGAUCAUUCCCUACCGAAAUCAAAUGGGAUAUUGCUUGAUGAAGAUGGGGCAAGGAGCUUGAGCCAGAUUCUUCUUGAAAGAGAUUGUUUCGUGGCUUUAAAGCUGGUGCUUUUACUGCCUUUUGAAUCACUACAGUUGCGGUGUUUGGCUGCUGUUGAAGACAAGUUGAAGCAAGAAGGCAUCUCUGACUCGAUUGGCGGUGACCAUGAGUUAUUAUUGCUGGUAUUAUCCUCCGGGGUUUUACCCACUAUCAUCUCCAAUUCUUCGUACGGAAACACUCUCUCUUAUAUCUGCUAUUUGGUCGGGAACAUAUCCCACAAGUUUCAAGCAGCCCAAGUGCAAAACGAGAGAUGGCCGUUGCUUUUUAGAAGAAUGCUCUUCCCCUGUUUUAUAUCAGAGCUUGUGAAGGCAGAUCAGCAACUUCUAGCCGGACUCAUGGUUACGAAAUUUAUGCACACAAAUGCAUCGCUUGGUCUUGUUAAUGUUGCGGAGGCAAGUCUCAGUCGGUUUUUGGAGGUGCAGCUCCAUGUACUACACGACCCGCUUGAUGAGACACAUUCACCGGAAACAUUGAACAAUACUGUUUCUUGUUUGAGAGGCGAGUUGGAAAACCUGAUCCGGACCGCAUUGUCAGUGCUUCCAACUCAAGUCAGAUGAACAGGUACGAUGAACUUUUCAUACUUUCUUGCGUUACCUGUUUUUUUUUCCCAGUCAGAAUCGUAAUGGUUUAGCGUUAAGAGCAGGAGUUGUAUGUUUAGAUCCUUGUUAGGCAGUGUUUGAAAAUGUAGCUCGGGAUGUAGACUAUACACCGUAUGUAUUGUUUUACGAUAGGAAUACAGAUGAUGUACAGGGUGAGGGUCCGUACUGAUCCUGCCGGGAUCGGAGAUGUAAUUUAUGUGUCCGUAUAAAUCUUACAGAUGAUCUCCAAGACUCAAGGGUCGGAGUGUAAUAUUAUCUCCAUAUAAAACUAAAUUGAAGGCAUGAGUUUUGUA